AUGAAUAAUGAGCUACGAAUCUCUGAAAUUUUAUCAUUAAAUUUAAAUCCAACAUCUUAUAAAUGGUUGGAACAAACGGAUAUCGAAUUCAUAAGAUUCGAUGAUUUAAAUUUAGAUACCAAAAAGCAUAAAAAAGAUGGCACUCGUUUACGUCCUUGUGCUAAUUUAAACAAUUUAAAAUUUACAUAUCAUUCCUUGACCGAUUUUGGCGACAUAAAUAUCAAUGAGGAGGAAAUAAAAGCUAUUUAUUCUAUAGAGCAUAAGAAUAUUCUCAAGUCAUUUAUCUCUCGAAGUGAAAGAUUCCUCGAAUAUUACUUACUUGCAGAAAUUGUAGAUCAAGGAAACCUUGCAAAUUAUUUGGAACAUACUGAACUAAAUUGGGAUCAAAGAAUAAAUUUAGCAUCACAAUUGAUCAGCGGUUUGGAAUUUCUUCACAAUAACCAGAUAGUUCACUCGAAUUUGAACCCCAAAAAUGUUCUUCUUCAUCAUGAUAUUCUAAAAUUAACAAACUUUGGAGGCCUAAACAUAUUUAAAUCGGACGAUUUUGAAAACAUUCCAUACGUUGAGCCUCAAGCAUUAACAUUAGGAAAAGGAUUUAUUAAAAGUUCUUGUGGCAAAAACUCCUCAAAUAUUUUUGGUAUUAAAUCUAACAUCUAUAGCUUGGGCGUUUUACUUUGGCAAAUUUCUAGUGGCUUUCAACCUUAUAACAACUUAACUCCUGUGAGGAUGAUUGAAUAUAUUGAUAACGGUGGAAGAGAAGAACCUGUUUAUGGAACCCCUAUUAAAUAUUAUGAACUAUAUCAGGAUUGCUGGCAGAGUGAUUCAGAAAAACGCCCAGACUGUCUAAUGGCUUUGAAGAUGCUCGGACUGGUUGAUAUUAACAAUGUUAUAUCACAGUAUGUACAAGAAAUUCCUCAAAAUUCACAAGAUUCUAUCAAUAAGUUUUUUUUACAGAAAUGGAAUUUACACAAAGGAUUGAGAGUUCACGAUAAUACUUUCAUUCAUGGCGAAGAAAUUAUAACGGAAAAUGGGAUAAUUACCCCCCAUAAAGCGAAACAAUCUAUUCAAAUUUAUACAAACAUAUCUAGCAAUCCAUUCGAUAUUCUGAAAAAUGAAUGCAUUUCUAAUCAGAUGUCUGUAGAUAUUUGUUUACACAUUCGGCUUCUUGAUGUUGAAUAUGAAAAAUAUACAAUAUCUGACGGAUUUAUCAGGAAUAUUGAAGAGAUACUAAAAAACCCAGAUCAAAAAUCAGUUCGCAAAGCUCUUCAAGAGACUUUUGAGAAAUACGGUGAUUAUAUUGCUGAAAAAAUCGUUAUUGGUGGUGCACUUAAGAUCAAAUCUGCAUGUCUCAAAGACAGAAAAUCACUUUUGCAAGAUAUUGAUACUUUAAAAGCUUGCGUAUAUUGGGUUAAUGAUCAUAUUGUUUCCGGAAACCCCAAUAUAUUUAGUCACGUUCCAUUUAAUAAUAUUUUCAUUGCAGAAGAUAUGAAUGAUAAUCAAAGAAUUACUUCUGGACAUGAAUUAAAGGCUUGGAUUGAAGGCUUUUAUGAACAUAAAAAAGGAUAUGUCAUUGCAUUUGGUAAAAUUGUCCCAAUAUAUACCUUACUCAAAGAUGAAAUCAAGCAAGAAAUAAUUAAAGUUUGUGGAAUGCCUCAGAAUAUUGAUAAGAAACUUAUGAUUGUUCCGUAUAUCACUAAUAGUCAAAACCCUAAAGAUUUAAAUAACUGGGCUAAAAAUUCACCUUUGAUACAUUUGUGUCAUUGGACUAACAAUUUAUGUUUUCAUUAUGGUUUAAAUAUUCAACAAAACAACAUAAAACAUGGAUUGGAAAUUGCAUUAGAAUUUCUUGGAAUACCUGAAUUAUAUUUAUUAGACAAAUCAUAUAUGUAUUUACGACGACCUUCUAAUAAACAAGACGCAUUUACUUUGGCUAAUCAGAUUAAAAUUGACGACAUUAAUGUCAAAGAAAUACCAUUUUUGACAGAAAGUUUAACAAGUUUUCACCCCAUAUUUGAUAAUGAGCAUAAAUCUAAUGAGGUUCAUUGUUCUAUCGUAUCAGAAAAAAUUAAAUUAGCAUUUGGCAUUGACAAAUUAAAGCCAUCUCAGAUGUUUUUAGAAGCGGUAGAUGAAGCAUUUAAUUCUGACUAUCCAUUUCGCAGCUUGAAAAGUGUUUUUGAUAAAUUUGGAUACUUUUGUCCUCAGAGUAUUAUUCUUGGCAGAACUUUUUCAAAGACUUAUAAUAACAUUCAACUUAUAAAAGAUGAAUAUGUCGAUUUUGACAUGAAUGAAGAUGAGUCCAAAAUUGUAGAGAAAACACUUGAAGAAUGGAACAAAUCUGUGAAAAUUUUAAAUACAGCACUCUUUUUGGAUUUUAACGGCGAUAUAGUGAAAAGUAAUGAAAUUUAUUCCCUAUUAAAAAACUUGGACGAGAAACAAAAUUGGAAUAUAGUGAUGCAAGAUUUAAUUCCUUUAUACAAAAUAUUGCCUAAAGUUAAGCAGAAAAAUAUUGAAAGCAUAGUAUCAAAUAAUUAUCACAUUGUUAUGACGGGCACAACAAUCAUUCGUAGCAAUCAAACGUACAUAAAUAUUCAAUUUGAAAAUCCACUUCAUGAUAACAAUUAUGAAAUGUUUGGUUGCUUAGUUGUUGAUGAACAAAAAGUAUCGGUUGUGAUGAUACGAUUUAAUUUGGCAAACCAAUAUGGAUGCCGAGCUACCAUCCAUAAACUUGAUAACAGAAGCAGCAUUCCUGUUGGUGCACAGGUUUUUUGGAUAGUACUUGCCAAAGGAUAUGGAUAUUUUAGCAAACAAUCUCGUGACAUCAAAAUUGACUUUGGGAAGAAAAUAAUAACAGAUCAAUUACCAAUCAAUGUUGAAAUUUUAUCGUCUACAUGGUCGAAUUCAUGCAUUUUUGUCACUAACUUUGAUUCGAAAGAUCUUGAUAAAAAUCAAAUUAUUAAAAGCAAAAUUAAAGAAUGUUCAAAAGUUGGUACAAUGAACGUUGAAGUGUUUCAAUAUAAUUCGGAAGAGAUACAAAGUAAGAUAUUGGAAAAUGUCACGAUGAGAUGGUGCAUGAUUGACACCAAUCAAAAAUUUAGCAUCACAACAGAAGUUGGUACAAAAUCUUUUAGUUGGAAUCUUUUGGGGGAUUAUAUAACGAGUAAUAAGAACCUUAGAGAUCACAGUGAAAGUGCGAUUAAAAUAGCAAAAAUUGCAGAUCACAGUGAAAGUGCGAUUAAAAUAGCAAAAAUUGCAGAUACUGUAUCAUCAUUCCUUCCAGUACUCGAUGCUAUAGCAAAACUAAUUAACGAAAUUGUUGGCAUCUAUGAGAAAUCAGAAUUCAACAAAAAUAUGUGUUCAAGAUUAGUAGAUCGAGUAAUAAUGGCAGAAUGUGAAAUAAAAAGGUUAAGAUUAACUAAAAUGCA